AUGCAGCCACAUGAUGAUCCACUAGUAGUAACAGUGAUGGUGGCCAACCAUAUGAUCCAUCGAAUUUUGGUGGAUAAUGGAAGUUCGGCCGAUGUCCUGUAUUGGCCGAUUUUUAAGCAAAUGGGUAUUGAUCGUGAUAGGAUCAAACCAUUUGGUUCUCCCCUUAUCGGAUUUGCAGGGGAGCAAGUCCAACCGAUUGGCCUUAUUUCACUCCAUGUAACAACAUGGAUGGCACCCAAGCAGAAGACUGUAAUGGUAGAUUUUUUGGUCGUUGACCGACCCGGUGCCUACAAUGCUAUCAUUGGUCAUCCUGCUUUGAAUAAGUUGAAGGCCAAGGCCUCAGACCCAAGUCCUAUUGUAAUUGAUACAGUAGGUGGUAAAGGCAAGAAUGAGCCAAAGGGUGAGCCAGUUGAGCCACUGGAAGACGUGGUGGUUGGUAAAGGUAGAAUUUUGAAGAUUGGGACACAGAUCAGUCCCAGGGUCCAAGACGGUCUCAUCACCUUCCUUCUACGAAACCUGGAAGUUUUUGUGUGGACUCAUGAUGAUAUGCCAGGAAUCAGUCCUGAAGACAUUCUCCACCAACUCAAUGUGGAUCCGAGUGUAAAGCUAGUGAAGCGAAAGAGAAGAAAGUUCGCUCCUGAGCAGACUAUGGCUAUAGCCGAAGAAGUAGAAAAGCUUCUCAAGGCUCAUUUCAUUGAGGAAGUUUACUAUCCCGAUUGGUUAGCCAAUGUAGUAUUGGUCAAAAAGUCCAAUGAGAAGUGGAGGAUGCACGUGGAUUUCACUGACCUCAACAAAGCUUGUCCAAAAGACAACUUUCCAUUACCCCGCAACGAUGCAUUGGUUGACUCGACAGCUGGGUAUGACUUACUCAGCUUCAUGGACGCUUUCUCUAGCUAUAACCAGAUAUACAUGCAUCCAGAAGAUCGUGAGAAAACUGCAUUUAUAACUGACCGAGGCAUGUACUAUUACAAAGUUAUGCACUUCGGUUUGAAGAAUGCAGGGGCAACAUACCAAAGGCUGGUUAACAAAAUGUUCCGAGACUAG